UACUGUACUGCUAAUACUUUUUUUUUUAAAUAAAUAAAUAAAGACAUUACACAAAAAAGCUGGAGAAACUCCUUCUUAACAAUUAGUAGACAUUGGUAGGCGACAGUUUUUCUUUAUUUCAAAGAUAAACUUUAUUCAAAGAAUCCUAAAUCUGAUCUGUUAACUUGAGUUUAGUUUAUCGUCACGUGUACCGUGGUAGAGUGAAACAUCGUCCAGUCAGCGGAAAGACUGUAUGAUUACAAUCCAGCAACUCGCAGUGAACAAAUACGUGUGAAAGGGAAGAACCUGAAAAAUGAAUGCUAAAUGAAGUCCAGUCGAGUCCAUUGAAGCGUAUAGCAUAGUGAAAGGCUUGGAUAGAGUUGAUGUGGGGAGGAUGUUUCCACUGGUGGGAGAUUCUAGGACGUGAGGUUAUAACCUCGGAAUCAUAGCCUGAGAAUUUAUUUAGUCAGAGGGUGGUGAAUCUGUGGAAAUAUUUGCCAUAGAAAAUUGUGGACGCCAAGUCCAUGUAUAUUUAAAAAACACAAAUCGAUAGAUUCUUAAUUAGUACGAAUGUCAUGGGAAUUGGGUUAGGGGGGGGGAGAGAUAGAUCAGUCAUGAUUGAAAGUCGGAAAAGGCGAUCAGCCGAAUGGCCUAAUUCUCCUUUGAGCUUGUUUGUCGAUUUUUGUGGCUUGAUGCUACGUGAGUACUUCCUCAGUUUCUCCAGUAAGGCUGAAACUAACUUCUGCAUUCCAGUCCAGCUUCCGGAGAGGAACCCGCGGCAGCACUUGAACAGGUUCAGAAUAUCGUUCCCCCACAGAUAUCACCGCUGGCAUUGGAGUCGACUCUGGGAUUUGUUCAAGGCGGCGGCACAUCAGAGCUCCCGGCGCGGGGCUUGUGUCAGUCCGGUGAGGGUCAGCGUCUGACUUCAGCGCUUACAGUGCAGGAGGGGGCUCCCAGGGAGACAGUUCGGCCCAUCGUCAACGCUGCAACCCCCCUACAGCUACAGACGGACGCUUCCUCGACCGGUCACUGGCGUUCCUGUGUCUCCAAUCCUAGUGCAGUGAUGAGUGGAACCUUGCAACUGGCCACUCUGGGCCGGCCUUUCCAGCUGGGAAUGCUGUACGACUGCCGCUCAGACACUCUGAUCCCAGGCGUCACAUUGUGGGACUUGCAGACGUUGCAGAACAACCUUGAUCGCCGUGACCAGCCCAGCACUGAGUUUCGCAUCAUUGCAUCAGACUCCAUGGAGAAGAAAGCCGCUGGUCUCAAUGUGUCAGGAUCACUGAAGGCGAGUUUCCUGGGUGGGUUAGUGGAGGUGAAAGGGUCGGCAAAAUAUCUCAGCAACACCAAGGAAUCAAAGCAACAAGCACGAGUUACCCUUCAGUACAAAGCAACAACCAGGUUUGACCAACUGACGAUGAGUCACUUAGGGAGACAGAAUAUUACCUACCCGAGUGUGUUUGAUGAGGGCUCAGCCACCCAUGUCAUUACAGCAGUGCUGUAUGGGGCCCAGGCCUUCUUUGUGUUUGACCAAAUGGCUUCAUCAACAGAGAAGAUGCAGGAUAUUCAGGGUAACAUGGAGGCAACGAUUAAACUUCUUCCUCAGAUUGCGAUUGAGGGCGAGGCCUCCCUAGAAAUGACAGAAGAACAAAAGUCACUUGCCGAGAAAUUUAGCUGCACGUUUUAUGGCGAUUUCUCACUAAGCAACAAUCCCACCACCUUCAAAGAAGCCAUCAAUAUCUACGCAAAACUUCCAAACCUCCUGGGUCCAGGUGGAGAACAUUCAGUGCCCAUUAGAGUCUGGCUCUAUCCCCUCAAUAAACUCGACUCAAAAGCUGCCCAGCUGGUGAGAGGGAUCAGCGUGGGACUGGUCAAUCGCUGCCAGUGUGUCCUAGAACAGCUCAGUGAGGCCGUCAGGAGGUGCAAUGACCUGAUGAAAGACAGUGUCGCAGAUCAGUUUCCUGAGAUCAGGCAAAUGUUACAGCAAGUCCGAGAGAUGUGUCUGGAGUACACACAGGUUUUCCAGGAAAACGUAGCGGCUGUUUUGCCGUCCAUUCGGGGCGGCAGGGAGGAGGAAGGGUUACUAGCAAAUAUACUAAAUAACACGGAAAAGUCACCAUUCAAACACCGGUCACUGACCACGUGGCUGGAUGACGAGGAACGAGAGAUGAAGGUAGUGAGACGCUACCUCAGCUUAUUUAAAGAUGUACCUAUUGUGAAAUCAAAGGGCGAGUUGGAUGACAAAUUGAUGGAACUAGCAACAGAUUAUGUUGUCUGCUUCACGUUUACAACAUUACAUCGGGAGGACUUCUACCUGUCAGAGGCAAACACCUACCUCCGAUCUAUCACAGCUACAAAAAUGCAGCUACCACCUUCUGCUGACGGAGCCUGUGCAACAGGACACAGCGAGCACUGGUUUAACUCACGGUCUGUCUCCCAGAAAAUGAAGGAGCAAUCCCAAUCAUUCCUAGAUUUUGCCACAGCCAAUAAAGCAGAUGAAAAAGUAAAAUUCCUUGUUAGUUCUGUGCAGAAUGACAGCAUCGUGGGAGCAUCCAUUUACCUGUAUGAGGGAGAGUUUCUGGAGAACGAGAGCUUUGUUCCUCCGUCACAGCCCGAGAUACCUACACUUAGUGGAACAACACAUGACAGUGUUACUCUGCAGUUACAGCCACCAACAUUUGGUACCGGUGAGAUUGUGGGCUACAAGGUAGAGUACCGAGGUAGCCAGCAGGAGGAAUGGACAAUUCUGGAUACACCUGAUCAAUGCCACUCCUUCACAAUACCUGGGUUAGAGCCACACCAGGAGUAUCACUUCCGAUACAGAGCAGUGACCAAGGUAGGGGUCAGCAAGGCUAGUGAGAGCUACAGGGGCAUCACCCGGCCAGCAAGUCCACCUGGUAAACCAGUCUUCCAGGAUUGUUCAUCCAGCCCAAUACGGCACUGGAAUGAACCAAAUCAGAUUGGAGCUGAUGUUGAAAUAUUUUGGUACAGAAUUGAAUAUAGAGAAGAACCAUCAAUUAAAACAAACAUGGGGGGUAAGUUAUGGGAAGAGGUUAAGUCAUCCGACACACAAUGCCACUAUCGCAUAGUGGGAUUGAAACCCGAGACCAUCUACAGAGUCCGAGUGUCUGCUGACUGUGGAGAAGCGGGAUCUAGUGCCGAAAGUGAGGAGGCUUUAAUAGAAAUAGAAAUUGCCCCAAACAGAAUAGCCGUGGAUCUUCUAGGAGAAACGCAAUUAAUAUCCAGAGGAAACCCUUCCGUUUACAAGCUAAACCUGCAGAAGGAGGUGGUUAAUGAUUCCAGACAGUUUGUUAAAUUCUCCUUCGGAAAACACACAACAGCACACAAAAUGAAAACCUUUAUGGUUCUGGGAGCAACUGGGUCAGGAAAGACGACCCUCAUCAAUGGGAUGAUCAACUACAUCUUGGGCGUGGAAUGGGGAGACAACUUCAGAUACAAGUUAAUACAGGAAGACACAGGUAAAUCCCAGGCUGAGAGUCAGACAUCCUCCAUCACUGCCUACCAGCUCCACCAUCAGGAAGGAUUUAACAUCGAUUACUCUCUGACCAUCAUUGACACGCCAGGAUUCGGGGACACCAGGGGCAUCUUCCGGGAUAAACAGAUCACUGAUGAUAUCCGCGAGUUCUUCACUUCCACACAGGGCGUUGAUCAGGUCAACGCUGUCUGUUUUGUUGUUCAGGCCGCCCUGGCUCGCCUGACUCCGACACAGAAAUAUGUCUUUGAUUCGAUUCUUUCUAUCUUUGGCAAGGAUAUUGCAGAGAACAUUAGGAUCUUUGUGACAUUCGCAGAUGGAGAGCGCCCCCCCAUUCUGGAUGCCUUGAAUGUAGCUGAGGUACCGUGUCCCAAAGACGAGUCAGGUAUGCCAAUGUACUUCAAGUUUAACAAUUCAGCCAUUUUUGCACAGCGUCCAAUAUCUGAAAACACGGGCAAUUUGGGGACAUCCGGUGACAGCAGGAAAGAGGAAGAUGAUAAUAAUAACUUUGCUGCAAUGAAUUGGAAUAUGGGAGCAAACAAUAUGAAGAAAUUCUUCACAGCUCUGAACACGAUGGAAGCAAAAAGCUUGCGUUUGACCAGGGAGGUUCUGAAGGAACGUAAGCAGUUGGAGGCUAUUGUGGAGGGAUUGCAGAUUCAGGUCAAAGCAGGACUGACCAAACUGGACGAACUCAGGAAGACGCAACAGGUUUUGGAUCAAAACCAGGUCAAUCUGGAUGCAAAUAAAGAUUUUGAGUAUGAAGUUAAUGUUGUUGUUAAAGAAAGGAAAUGGAUUCCUUACCUUUCCAACAACUGUGAGCAAUGUGACUUCACCUGCGACGCUCCUUGUUUAGUUGCUGUCCAGUCACUUGGGAAUUGGUGCACAUCGAUGGACUCAUCGGGAAACUGCACAGUCUGUCCACUGAAAUGUGGCUGGGCCGAUCACAAAACACAAUUUAGCAGGGUUAUCUGCAAAACAAAAAAGGAAACAAAGACAUACAAUGAGCUGAAAGAAAGGUAUGAGAAGGCCCAUGGUGUGAAGAUGAACCAACAGAAAGUCAAGCAGUCACUUGUGCGGGAGUUUGAUGAGGUUGGAGGCAAAGUGCUGGAGCUGAUUCAACAAUUACCCAGGAGCCAUAAACGACUUAAUGAAAUAGCUCUGAGACCAAACCCAUUAUCCACCCCAGCCUACAUUGACCUCAUGAUUCUGGAUGAGAAAAAUGGUGCGAAUCCUGGCUAUAUGGGUCGAAUUGAGGCAUUGACGACUGUAAAGAAUAUGGCUGAGUUACAGGAAAAAGUAGCGAAAAAUGAGAAGUUGUUACCAGAGCAGCCGAAGGAAGAUUCAGUACGAAUGACAAGUGCUGCAACUAAACAAAUCUUUUCUAAUGUGUUGAACUGGUUCACUCUAUAAGUAGCUGACAAACAUUUCAGCCGUUCGUUAGUUGGGAAACAGCCGUUUCACUUAUCCAACGGAUCAACCCCGUUCUCAGACCCACUCUUUCUCCUCCCCCACCUGCCCACAUCCUUACACAGCACAGCUUCCUUCCUCAAUAGCACCCCAACCUCACCCAGCUGGGUGCCACUCCCCUCGCUCUGCGUCAAUCACCACUUGAGGGUCACAUGCCCUUGCUUGUCAUCCCAGUCCCACGCCGUUGCUUCUGGACCGCACCAAAUAUCUAUUCACAUCUACCACCCCCCCCCCCCCCCCCCCCCCCCCCCCCCCCCCCCCCCCACCACUCGGCAGACUCAGCUGGAUCAGAGAGCAUGUAUCCUCAGUACACACGAUGCCACGACCUCCACCCCUUACCCCCUCCUUAAUCACCCACUCUCUCCGUGCGGUCUGACGGCACAUAUCCCCCUCCAGGGACAUAGGAGGAGAAACAUUCUCCCAGCUCUAUCCCCCUCAUUAGUCAUAGUCGGAGUCUAUCCCAUGAGCUGUUGGGAGGUAAAGUAUUCCCACACAUGAUCCGCUGGGAAUCUGACCAGCCCCGUCCAGCCUCAAGCCAAGAGAUAAAGUGCGGUCAGACCUCGCCUGGAGUCGCCAUUGUGACGGUAAACACUCAGAGGAACUUCUCCAACUCACUGACACAUAUUCCCGGGCAGGUUGAGAUUUGGGGCUCACCAACAGCAUGAGAAGGACCAUUAAUAUGGAGCAAGACAUCAGCGAGCUCCCUCCUUCACUCUCCGUGUGCUCACCACUCAGGGGUCAGCAUCUUCCAUGUCCUCGGCACCAUCACCAGAUGGACGAUCGACCUUCACCAUGGAGAACCAGCCUCAGGGAAAAGCCAACCAUAUGCCCCCAUCAGCACUGAAACCAUCUGCAAGUGGGACCCUAAGGCACCAGACAUCAAUAUAGAGUGGGUGGCAUCUACUCAAUAUCGCCGUCAUUUGAAUGUGAUUCAGUACAGAUUACAUUGUGGUGUUUAUAGGGGGCCAGGCCAACUGGUUAAAGGAAAACAUUAGUUGGACCAGUGGACUACCCUUCCACAGACACAAUGGACUGAAUGGCCUUCUCCCGCGUGGUGGCUAUCCCGGACUGCACCAGACCUGUUCUUGAGCUUUUAGUCCUACUUCACCUUGACGUGAGCUUCCGGUUCCAUGGAUAUUCCAUUACAGAUGUCUUGUUCUACCUCCGGGACAAGGGAUACAAGCAUCGAUGAAACAGAGGUGUAGGAAGGAAUUGCAGAUGUUGCUUUAAACCGAAGAAAGACACAAAAUGCUGGAGUAGCUCAGUGGGACAGGCGGCAUCUCUGGAGUGGGGAAUGGGUAAUGUUGCUGGUCCAGACCCUUCUUCAGACUAGUCAGGGGAAAGGGAAACGAGAUAUAUAGACAGUGAUAUGGAGAUAUAUAGAACAGUAAAUUAAAGAUAUUUUAAAAAGUAAUGACGAUAAAUGGAACAGGAGAGAACGAGAACCUUGUGCGACAUGUGUCGGGGAAGGGUGGAGAGAGAGAGGGAAUGCAGGGGUUACUUGAAGUUCGAGAAAUCAAAAUUGAUACCACUGAUUUGGAAGCUGCCCAAGUCAAAUAUGAGAUGCUGUUCCUCCAAUUUGCGAUUGGCUUCACUCUGACAACGGAGGUGGCUGAGGAUGGAAAGGUCAGUGUGGGAAGUGAAGAGGAAUCCCUUCAGAGGAUAAUUAUCCAUUUCAGAUUCCAUCCACAUCCCAUGGUUACAGAAAGAGAUUGGUCCCCAAUGGGUCCUAUCCAUUUGUUGGCUACAUCCUAAAUGCUUUGGUGUAAUCCUUAAUCAUGUCAGCAGUGAUAUUCUGUGCCCCCAUUUGGUUUGUAAGCAUUUUUUACGUAUUGUCCAAUACUCAUUUUUUAUUCCAUAUUCUCCCUUUUCUUCAUUCCUUGUCAACAUUUGUCUUCCAAAAGCAAUAGGAUAAAUGUCGAACAUCAAUAGCUCCCUUCUUCAAAGUAAUGUAGUAGGGGUGAGAAAUAUGGAGAGAAAGUGGGGGGAGACACUCAAUAGACUUUGUCCCGCCCCAUUCCUUCAUCAACCUUUUUCCCUCCUAUUAUGAAACAUCGUCUAUCCACGUCCCACUGAGAUGCUGCUUGACCUGCGGAGUUACUCCAGCAGUUAUUGUUCGACUCAUUAUCCUUUCAAAAGUAACGUGUAAAUGUUCAAUGAUCUUAUUAUAUUCCGUUGAUGCUACUGCAUAUUCAAGCAUGUAUCGCUGGUAGACAUUGCAUUGUAAUGAAUAUAUGGCUUAAUCCAAAUAAGCUAUUUUUUAAAUUAACAAUUAUAGAUGCGCUGGGUUUGAUUAAUGUGUACAAACUCUGAUGAUUCGUUGGGAAGUUAGGUUCGUGCUCUGGGACAAAUGAGUAGGCUCAUCAGAAGCUACAAAUCAACACACCCUAUUGAGUAUUGAUCAGGAUAUCUGACAACUGGGAGAUAGAACAAAGUAAAUGUAUCCAUCAGGGAAUACAACUAAGGGAAAGGUGACGAGAAGACAGAGACAGAAAGAGUGACAACAGAAGGAGGAAAAGUUGAUGGUGAAAUAAAGAAGGGCAAGCGACUCAACAGAGGAGGGUGUUAAACAGGAAUAGAGGGAAAGGAGUCAGACAGAGAGAGACGUCGGAACCACAUGCGUCAGGGAAUGGGAGAAACAUUAGGGAAAGAGGGAAGUGUUGGUGAGGAGGAAAGACGAUGGAGAGAGACAACGAGAGGGUGAGAGGUGACAGAAUGGAGGCAGAACCAACGGGGAGAUAGGAAUGCGAUGGUGAUGAAAAGAAGUGAGCAGAGUAAAGGACAGCGAGAGGCAAUGGAGAGGAGCAGAGAAAGUGGUAGAGAGAUCACGGAGGGGGUGGGGGUGGGUAGCGGUGAUCGAGAGAGUCAGGGAUGUGGUGACGCUAACAGAGGAGGAGAUAGGCAACAUGAAGUGGGGCAAUGGGAGAGGCAACAGGGAGUGAGGAAAUGGGAUAUGUGACAGAGAGUGGGGCAAUGGGAUUGGUGACAGUGGGGCAAUGGGAGAGGUGACACAGUGGGGCAAUGGGAGAGGUGACACAGUGGGGCAAUGGGAGAGGUGACACAGUGGGGCAAUGGGAGAGGUGACACAGUGGGGCAAUGGGAGAGGUGACACAGUGGGGCAAUGGGAGAGGUGACACAGUGGGGCAAUGGGAGAGGUGACACAGUGGGGCAACGGGAGAGGUGACACAGUGGGGCAAUGGGAGAGGUGACACAGUGGGGCAAUGGGAGAGGUGACACAGUGGGGCAAUGGGAGAGGUGACACAGUGGGGCAAUGGGAGAGGUGACACAGUGGGGCAAUGGGAGAGGUGACACAGUGGGGCAAUGGGAGAGGUGACACAGUGGGGCAAUGGGAGAGGUGACAGUGGGGCAAUGGGAGAGGUGACACAGUGGGGCAAUGGGAAAGGUGACACAGUGGGGCAAUGGGAGAGGUGACACAGUGGGGCAAUGGGAGAGGUGACAGUGGGGGCAAUGGGAGAGGUGACAGUGGGGCAAUGGGAGAGGUGACAGUGGGGCAAUGGGAGAGGUGACACAGUGGGGCAAUGGGAGAGGUGACACAGUGGGGCAAUGGGAGAGGUGACACAGUGGGGCAAUGGGAGAGGUGACACAGUGGGGCAAUGGGAGAGGUGACACAGUGGGGCAAUGGGAGAGGUGACACAGUGGGGCAAUGGGAGAGGUGACACAGUGGGGCAAUGGGAGAGGUGACACAGUGGGGCAAUGGGAGAGGUGACACAGUGGGGCAAUGGGAGAGGUGACACAGUGGGGCAAUGGGAGAGGUGCCCGAUGGAGUCAAAAGAGGGAAAUAGAAGAUGUAGUACAGACCCGAACUACACAUUUCUUCCAGAACCAAGUAAUCUCUUCCCCUGAUUUACUUUGUAGUUGUGCAGUAAUCAAAUAAUAAAUGAUUCAUAAAAUGAAAUAAAAUGCUUGACGCUCUCAA